GUUUCUGUAUCAAUUCAUUACUUGUGGCCCCUUCUUUUACCUUUUUCCAUUCGUACCUUCUUUCUUAGAUUAUCCUUGUUUUACUUCUACCCUUUUUCAUCUACACGAGCAAAACGACCAAUCCAGUCCGCACAAUGCCGCCACAACCAGAGGCCAACCCCAGCACAGCGAUAGAAUCGUCGCUCCCCAUCGACCACUCGCACAUCCUCCUCACCUCCUUCAACUCUUUCCUCAUCGUCGCCAUCCACAACAUACUUUACUACCGCAACAUCUACCCACCGGCAACCUUCCUGUCCACCAAAGCCUACAACCUCCCAGUCCACCAGAACCGCCACCCGAAGGUCUGCGCCUGGAUUCGCGACGCCGUCGACGCCGUCAACGUCCAGCUUUCCGCCGGACAUGUCUCGCGCAUAGCGAUCGUGAUUCACAGCCCCCUAGACCAAUCCUUCGGGGGCACUUCACGCCACCACCCCCCCAGCUCACCCCGCUCCUCCGAUGACAUCUCCUCCUCUCCCUUGGCAUCAUCAACAAGCACGAGCACUAGCCCCACCUCGCAGGAAAAAACAACAGCGGACACCAUCCCGCCCGGCGCGGUGCUCGAGCGCUGGCUGAUCGACACGUCGCGCUUCCCGGCAUGGCCGACGUCGGCGACGAGCAAGUCGGCGACAGCCACCUCCAAAGCGAUGCACGACUUUGCGCGGGUGCUCGCCAAUGGCUCGCGCUCCGAGGAGGCGCACGAGCGGCACCUAGUGGCGGACGAGGCGUCGACGCUGCGCUGGCCCGAUCUCGACGAGCAGCUGCGCGGGGCGCUGCGGCGGAUGGCGUCCACGGCCGAGGGCAUGGGGCCGUUGCCUGUCCAAGGGUGCACGUUUACUGUUGCUGUGGAGUUGCAGGAUGAGGGGCGGGCUCCUAUAGGUCACCCGCAGGCUUGGAUACCCUCAGAACCUAACCUGCAGCCUGCGAGCAAGGGGGGAAAGGAGAUAAGCGGAGAGGAUAUAGGCGGGGUGAGGACACGGCCGAUACGGGCGGUGGAGGCGGGGCCGUUGUUCUUCGAGUGCUGGGUGGAGGAAGGGAAGGCGAAAGAGGUCCUGAUGAGGAUGAAGGGGAAGGAGAAGGGGCCAAGUACUCAGGGGUCGACGCAGCCAUACUGACCUUCCGUCUUCGAUGCAUGAUCAUGAUACCUAUGAUACCCCAAUGAUGGACACAACCUGAGAAGACCCCCGGGAUCUUCCUCCGUGUUGAUGCGUCCUAUGCUCUGAAACGGGAUAUCAAGCUGCGUGCCAAAAACUGAAACAUCAAGAAUACAAUUCCCCCGACGUUGCUCUCGGAGGCAGAGCCUUACUC